AUGAGUAGCGGCCGGACUCCACCCGGCAGUUCCGGAACCAAGUCUCGCUCAGACUCGCCUCCGCAAGUGAGGAGGGGCUGCUCGUCCUGCAAGGCCCGGAGAGUGAAGUGUGACGGGAUGCGGCCGGCAUGUCGUCGAUGCAGCGUCACGGGGACGGUCUGCGACGGCUUCUUGAGCGGCCUCAAGGACGGCUCUCCGGGCCGAAAUCCCCCGCUGUGCCCUCGUCAGACCUCCUCCAUCAUCACCCCUUGUGGCGCCCAUGCCGGUCUUGUCGCGCUGAGCUGUUCGGACAGACGCCACUUCGAGUGGUUCGUCCGCAAAACCUCGAGUAGACUGCCCGGUGUAUUUAGCUCGCCGGUGUGGACGAAGUUCGUCAUCCAAGCAGGCUCAACGGAGCCGGCCAUACUCUACGCUAUACUUGCCAUUGGGGCUGUUCAUGAGAGGGGCCUGGAGAUGGCUGAACCAUGCAGAAUCAACGACGAGCGGGAGACACUCAAGCCGCAGUCCUCAGAUUCGACAGAACGUCUCAGCCUGCAAUACUACAACAAGUCCAUCUCAUUUCUACAGUCACGCCUACUCAUGCAGGACACCGAGUCAAUACGCAUCGUCCUCAUCGUCUGUACGAUCUUCAUCUGCCUAGAGUUCAUGCAGAAGCAGUACAAGACUGGUCUUCUCCAUUUUCAGCACAGCCUCCGCCUGCUGGGCAGUUUGCAGAGAAGCGCGGAACUGGCGCCGUCGUCGGACCCGAUUGACGAGUGGUUCGCCGAAGUGAUCCCCCGCCUUGAUAUCCAAGCGACCCUCCUUUCGAACGAGUUAUACUCGGGAUGCGGACCACGAACCCCUUCGGCGUCUCAGCCGCUUCCUGAGCUUUUUCAGACGACCCGCGAUGCGAGUCAUCAUCUGGACACUCUUUUGAUCAGAGCAUAUCGGCUCAAAAGAGAUGGCAGCGCGACAAGCGUAGCAGGUGACGUGACCGACAUCUUUGAGCUCCUGGCUACGCAGCAAACUCUCCGCAACGACCUGGAGUUGUGGCUUCAAUGUUUUGAUGAUUUCAAAGCCAGGACCUGGAGCGAGUUAUCAGACGGCGAAAGGAUUGUUUGCUGGUCGUUGCCAAUACACCACACUGUGGCAUACAUCAUCACGAACACCUCUCUCAAUCCUGAAAACGAGUUGAUCUUCGACCACUACACCCACCACUUUGCUUCCAUCGUCUCUGGGUCGCGCAAAAUCCUCGAAGCACUCCAGCCUUCAGCUCUACCGACCCCGACAGCGGAUACUUCACCUGAUGCGAACCCCCUUUCUGCCGACUGCACUGCCGACAUUGGCCUCGUCCCGCCGCUAUUUUACGCAGCUAUCAAAUGCCGCGUUCCUAGAAUCAGGCGACAGGCAGUGGAGCUGCUUUUGUUGGGAGAACGGCACGAAGGGCUCUGGGAUGCGGUAAUGUCGGCACGCCUCGCCAGGGAAAUCAUGACCCUGGAGGAAAGGGGGAUAGUGGACGGUAUUCAGGACGACAAAAGAGCCUCUCCGGAUACCGUCGUUCCCAUCCUUCCCGGGCCGCCCAGGAUACACAAGUUGUGGAUUGAGACGCCCAUUGAGCCCAAAGGAGACAUCAUUCUGAGUGUCUUGAGGCUACACAGCAACAGGAAAAAGGAAAUGUUGGCAAGACGGUUCGAUGCUGCAAAUGGGUUCUGGACAUCCAGUCCCCUCACAUCACGGGUUGUUGAUGCAGCCAAGCACGAAACAAGUAAGAAAUAG